AAGCAAAAGGCCACGAAGAGGAAGACGUCGACGUCGACGUCAUAAUUGACGUCACAUCCACCCUACUUGCUCGAUCAAAAUGUCUGCCAUUCUGGAGCGAAUUGAUAACCGUGUCGGUGCCUUGGAUUCCGACGUUGCACUAACAAAACACGCCGUUUCAUCGCUGGACCAGACCCACCAGAACAACCCUCUCUUAGGACUACCUAUCGUGGCUAUUGAGACAAUUCUCCAUUUUUUGUCUUACGAUGAAAUCAGUCUGCUGCGCUCGGUAUGUAAACGUAUGGAUAUGAUCUGCCAACGUGUUCUUAAUCAGGGCUUCCUUAAGGUGGAGCGUUAUCACAGCAUGUGUCAGAGACAAGUCAAAGCUCAACUUCCUCGACGUGAGUCAGAACGUAGAAAUCAUUCUCUGGCUCGUCAUGCUGACAUCCUGGCUGCUGUGGAGACACGCCUUUCUCUUCUAAACAUGACCUUUAUGAAAUAUGUUGACUCCAACCUCUGCUGCUUCAUCCCUGGAAAGGUAAUCGAUGAGAUCUACCGUGUGCUGCGGUAUGUGAACUCCACCAGAUCUCCACAGCGAGCUCAUGAGGUUCUCCAGGAGUUGAGGGAUAUCUCGUCCAUGGCGAUGGAGUAUUUUGACGAAAAGAUCGUUCCCAUCCUGAAGAAAAAGCUACCAGUAGCCGACUUGUGCAGCCGCCUCAUCGGUUCUACUCCUGUGGCAGGUCCGUCGAGUUCUCUGACCACCAUGUCUUUGCUGGCCAAGAACAUGCCGUCACGCUCUGAGAUGACUAAGGUGCAGCAGCAAGUGAAGGUAAACGGGGCGUCUGUGACGGUUUUGCGGCGAGAGAUGCAAGAAAUCCGCGUCAAGCAGCUGGAGCAGCAGAAGCAGCUGCAGGACCAAGAGCAGAAGCUGCUAGAGCAGACGCAGGUCAUCGGUGAACAGAACGCCCGCCUCGCCGAACUGGAGCACAAACUGCGUGAAUUAAUGGACAGUAAUGCCGCCGCUAUGGGAGGGUCCACUAGCAGAACAGCUGUUCCUUCUACAUCCAGCAGUGCUGCGAUGUCCUCUUCUGCAUCCAGCCUGUCUGUAAUGGGCCUGGUGGCAAUUAGUAGGGCAGAAGCCUCCUCGCCAGCCAGAGCACCGGCUCGCGAGGGGGAGACAUCGAUAAAGCGCAUCCGAAAGAGCCCAGACCUUGUACGAAAGUCAAAACGUUUGCGCCGGAAGAAAUAAGAGACUACUGUGUCAUUUAUUUAAAUAUUCCGUUUGUUUUUGAUUGGUUAGAGCGGUCAGUCCUGAUCCAACUUUAAUUUUUUUUGUUGUAGUUUUUCUCUAUUACCGUACUUCCUCAUCACAGCUUCAAUGACGUGCAAUACAAAGAAGUGUCACCAUUAAACUUGAAGUUUGCAAGAACUCUA